AUGGGCUCCCGUCUUGAUGCAUCAUCUAGCGCUGUACGUAAACGCAUUGAAAGUCAUGAUUUCCAAGAUGAGGCGGGCGAAGAGUAUGAAGCUUCCAGCUUCGGUGGCUUCGGCGACUAUAUGCGACGCAAAAAGAUCAAGCUACAAAACCUAGAUGCAGAAAUUCGUGCCUCAUCCGGCGAUUUUCCACCAAUAUUCCGCGGAGUCGUCGCGCAUAUCAACGGCUACACGCAGCCUUCCCUACAAGAUCUCCACCGCCUCAUUGUCAGCCAUGGUGGUGGGUUCCUGCAGUAUUUAGAUAGCAAGACGCUCGCUACCCAUAUAAUUGCGAGUUCUUUGACCCCGAAGAAGCGGGAGGAGUUCCGACGAUACCGUAUCGUGAAACCUGCAUGGGUUACAGAAAGCAUCAAAGCUGGGCGAUUGUUGCCUUGGGAUGAAUUUCGUGUCGUGGACGAGGGCCAAACUCAGAAGGUUCUCAGGUUUGAUGAUGGGCGAUUUACCAGUCAAACGAAUAGCCCUCAGGUUGGCUACCGAGACCAGUCCAGCACCAGCUGGUACAACGCCCAGCUCAACGGUGUAAGAACAGCUGAUAGAAGCUCCGUCGUCUCCGCAGGUGCGCUUAGCGCACCAUCCAAGCCACCGCAGGUACCGCAAAUACGGCAAGUAACUCCCAACUUGUCAUCUCAGCCAUCUCAAUCGGACUAUGGAGACAUCCCUAGCUUCGCUGUUCUGGAAGAGGAUGCCGCAAUAAAAGCUCCCCUAGAGCAGCACAAAGCAAGCGCCCCAGUCAUGCCCCCGGCAUCAGUCGUCGAUGGCCCAUUUGGCGAUACGGGCAGCCAUAUACCUGGAAAUAUACCUCAACAGCCGCAGGACACAACUCACAUCUCCCCACCUUCUGAUCAAACAAGUCCUCCGUUUCCUCACAUGACCUCUGAGGAGUACAAUGCACAGCUCUUGUCGGAUCCUCGGAUGAGAAAGUCAAGCGUGGUCAAUCCUGAUUUUCUUCAACAAUACUACCGAGAGUCUCGGCUCCAUCAUUUGUCAACAUGGAAAAGUGAGUUGAAGGCCCAACUUCAAGCCGCCACCAGCGAAAAGUCCAGCUCCCGCGUCCCUCAAAAGCGGCCUGCUCCAAGGGCCAGGAGAUACAUUCUCCAUGUUGACUUUGACUCAUUCUUUGCUGCUGUUUCUAUUCUCAAACAUCCCGAGCUUCGCGAGAAGCCCGUUGCCAUUGCCCACGGUUCAGGGUCUGGCUCGGAGAUCGCAAGCUGUAACUACGUCGCACGUGCCCAUGGGGUCAAAAAUGGCAUGUGGAUGAAGGGUGCUAUGCAGGCAUGCCCAGAGCUUCAGGUAUUACCUUACGACUUUCCUGCCUACGAAGAUGCCAGUCGAAAGUUUUACAGCUCAGUCCUCUCCAUUGAUGGGGUUGUUCAAAGCGUGAGCAUUGAUGAAGCUCUGAUUGACGUUACCAAUCAAUGCUUGGAAGCCGGUGGAUCGGAUGGGAUCACUAUCUCAGAAGGAUCCAUCUACCGCGAGCAAGCUAAAGCUGACGAGAUAGCGCAGGGUCUACGUGACUCGAUUAAGGAGAAGACUGGGUGCGCGGUCUCUGUGGGGAUCGGUGGCAACAUUUUGCUUGCCAAAGUGGCAUUGCGAAAGGCAAAGCCAGCCGGACAAUUUCAUCUCAAGCCGGAUGCCGUUUUGGAUUUCAUUGGAAACCUCACCGUUCAAGAUUUGCCGGGCGUUGGAUACAGUCUUGGUACCAAAUUAGAGGAGCUUGGAGUCAAAUAUGUCAAGGACGUUAGGGAGCUCACCAAAGAGAGGUUAAGCUCCUGUCUCGGGCCGAAGACCGGGACGAAGAUUUGGGAAUACGCCCGAGGUCUGGACAAAACAGAGGUUGGCAACGAAGUUGUUAGGAAAUCGGUUUCGGCAGAGGUCAAUUGGGGGAUCCGAUUUGUCAACCAAGAUCAAGCAGAUGACUUUGUCAGAUCUCUCUGCGAUGAAUUGACUCGGAGACUGGUUGACAACCUGGUCAAGGGCAAGCAACUCACGCUCAAGGUCAUGCGGAGAUCCAUGGAUGCGCCGCUAGAACCAGUCAAGCAUCUCGGCCAUGGCAAAUGCGAUGUCUUUAAUAAAAGCGUCGUUAUUGGCGUAGCCACGAAUGCGUCCGAUAUCUUGGGCAAAGAAGCCGUCUCUAUGCUGAGGAGUUUCAACUUUUCUCCGGGUGAUCUGAGAGGCCUUGGAGUCCAAAUGACCAAGCUUGAACCGCUGAAACCGAGACCUUCGGAAAAUCUUGAAAGCAGCCAGCGGCAACUCAACUUCCAAAAAUCUCCGUCGCACAAGAAGGUUGUCGCAAAUGUCGAUCCUGAUGAACUGGAAAGUCCUCGCAAAGGCGAUACUACCCGUAUACAAUGUGACCCGGUACUCAGCAAUAGUGCACACAAGCCGCUGAACAUUUCCGGGUCACAGUUCAUUUUGCCCACCCAAGCGGAUCCGAAGGUUAUCUCCGAACUCCCAGGAAACAUCAGGUCAAGGCUCGUGGCUCAGGCCAACCCUCGACAUGACUCGCCGCGCUCCGGCUCCCCUUGUCCACCUCCACGGCGUACACCGGCGCCUUCUGCUGCAGCUCCGCUGCCUCCUCAAUCUCAAUUGGACCCUGAGACUUUGGCUGCAUUACCUGAGGAUGUUCGUAACGAAGUCCUUGGAUAUUACAAUCAGCAGCCCACUCGGCCUGAUCUCCCAGCAGCUCCUUCGGCCCCUUCAGCGCCUAUCUCGCGCCCUUCAUCAUCAUCUGGGCCCCUGAAACUGAAAAGACCAACCUCACCACCAAAGAAAAGGCGUGGUCGUCCUCCGAAAACAGUAUCAGGUGGCAAUAAGAACCUAACACUGUCGAAUUAUGCAUUCCCGCGGCCUGCAACCCCCUCUGCAUACAUCCCAAGUCUGACCAAUCGAGACUCUGUAUCACGCCAACAAUCUCCAGCAGCCGAGGGAGAGCCGGAAAUCUCUGCUGAAUUUUUGGCGGCACUUCCCGAAGACAUUCGCGAAGAGGUUCUUGAAGAGCAAAAGCGCGCGCGCCUCCAGCGAGCCCGUGCAGCCGCUGCGACCGCAUCUAGGCCAACAUCUCAGCCUCAAGCAUCUGUUCCCCCGCCACCACAACCUCCUCCAGUCGAGAAAACAUUACUUCUUCCUCCUCUCCCCCAGCGGCCCGUGUUCACAUCCCGGCGGCUAUCAAGCCUACCGGAUCUGCGAGAUGCAGUAGGUGCCUGGCAUUCUACUUUCGCAUCUGAUGGUCCUUAUGGUGAAGACGUCGAGGUACUUUGUACGUACCUCCGGCGUGUCAUUGCCGAGGAGAAGGAUAUUGACAAGGCAGUAUCUGUGGUGCGUUGGCUUAUGUGGUUGGUCGGUGAGCAUUCACUUCAGCGGGGAUCGGUGGAGAACCCAAGCCCCCCGUCUGGGCAGAGUGGGCAACAGGGUGUCGUGACUUGGACGGAUGCGAUCGAGAUAAUGCAGCGCGGUGUACAGGCUGCAUUAGAAGCGAGAGACCUUCCGCCAGUGGAUUUUGACUAG